CCGGCUGAGGGAAGGGGGCGGUGCGGCCUGGCCCUGCCCUGUCCGCGCAGAGAGGCGGGAAGGCCGCCCGCCUGCCCCGGGGCUCCCCCGGUACCCCCUGCUGCCAGCCACACGCCGGGGUGCCCGCCGCGCCGGACCUAGAGCCUCGGCCGUGGGGCCGUAGGCAGCAAAAAUGGUUUCUCCCCCAGCCCGAUACCUAGUGUUCUUUCAGUACUUUGGCACUAAAUAUAGUGGGGUUAUGGAGACUUCGAAUGAUCAGUCAAUAGUUGGAGUCCAGAAUUAUUUGGAGAAGGCAGCGCAGAACCUGAAGCCCGUUGUUCCCAUCAAGUUCCACAUCUCCAGCCGAACAGAUUCUGGCGUCCAUGCACUCAGCAACUCUGCUCACCUUGACAUCCAGAGGGCACCAGGGAAGCCAGCUUUUAAUGAGAAAGAGCUCGUCUACAGUCUUAAUUACCACUUGAAGCCUGAGCCAAUCCGCAUUUUGAAUGCCCAUAGAGUGACCAGUAGCUUCCAUGCACGCUUCUCUGCGCUGUCAAGAACCUACGUUUAUCGGCUGUUGAUUGGCUGUGCUCAUUAUUCUGAAAUACCAGUGUUUGAAAGGGAUCUCUGCUGGGCUCCUGUGGGAGGCUGCCUGAAUGUGCCCGCUAUGCGGGAUGCAGCACAGUUCCUGCUGGGAACCCACGACUUCAGCACCUUUCGCUCGCUUAACUCCGAAACGCCUUUUCAGUCUCCAGUCAGAACCAUCCUCCAGGUAGACAUCCGACCCUCUUCUGGCUUCCUGUCCCACCACUACGAACACAGGGGACUGGAGUUUUGGGAGUUGAAGUUCAGGAGCAGAUCAUUUCUUUACCGACAGGUCCGAAGAAUGGUUGGGGCUCUAGUUGCAGUUGGCCAGGGAAGGUUAACACCUCAUCAUAUAAAGGAGUUACUGGAAAGAAAAGAUUCACGGGCAUUUCCACCAAAUGCCAUGGCUCCGCCAUCUGGACUCUUUCUAAAAUCAGUGGAAUAUAAUGAAGCAGACUUAGACACUACGAUUGCCCCAGGAGAAUAGCAGCUCUGUGAGAUACAGCCAUGUCUGAAAGGACAGUUGUGGAGCUGUGAUGGAGGUUUGCCAAGCGCUUUUUACACAAUACACGCUCUUGUCUCAAUAAAAGUAAUUGACUGUGACUGUAGGCAUCUUCCUAACGUUUGUUUUUGCCCUCUGAGACUGCCAAGGGGAAAGGAAGAACAACUCCAUGGUGCUUCCAGAUAACUGCUUUUUUUUUUUCCCUUCUUUUCUGAAAUUCUGGUGCCCGUGUCUCAACCAGAAGGAGGAAGGAGUGGGGCUUGGGGGUUUUUUGUUUGUGGAUUGUUUGUUUGCCGUCUGUGGUAUGUGUGGGAGGUAUAUACGGGCUUAGAACAAAGUAGAAUGUAGCAUUUCCUCUCUGUGGCCCUGACUUUCUACAGCAUAGUGCAGGGGACAACUGUUACUGUGGGCUGCAGUGACUUAGAGAAACAGCCUCAGAGUACUCGCCAUUUCCUCUCCUCAUCAGCAGUCACUCUUUUUCUGAACCGUAGUGGCUUUUAUGAUGUUCUCCUCCCUGGUACAAAGUCAGGCCUGUGGCAUUUAGGAUGUGGCAUGUUACAGAGCAAAGCUCCUUUGAGGUCGCUUAAAACCUGUUUUAAUGGUCACAGUCUGGGCUAGUCGCACAGGAACUCUUGUGUGAGUCAGUCUAACCAUGAAACGGAGCGCUUGCGGUGGUGGUGGCUCUGUCACCAGAAGGUGGCUGCCACGCUGUCACUGGACUCCGAUUUGCUUGUUGUCACCUCCUGCUUUUCCAUAGCUGUUGGUGCAGCGGUACUGCAGAGCAUGCUAGAGCCUGUUGGCGAUCUAAGGUGAUGUGAAUCACAGUGCAGAGCAGGGAGCAGAGCGCGCGCUUCUUUUUUUUUUUUUCUCCCCCCCCCCCCCCUUUUUUCUAAACCACUCUAACCUCUGGUUUUGCCUGCUUCCCCAAGCAGUAAAAUACAUAUUGGGUAACUUGUGGGGUAUUUUUUUCUCAUGAAUGACACCAGAAUCUCUGUUUUAGUUAUAAAAUGACUGUUAGAGUGCCAGUUUACAGGAAAGAGGAUGAAAAUUUUGACAUCUGAGGUUCACAGAAGAAACAAUACCUGGUUUGAACACUCCUGCAGUGGAAGCAGUGUGCAGCCGAGAUGCCUGGUACCACCAUAAUUAAUCUCCCCUUUGUCCAUGAGAGGAGGAGAAGAAUUACAGAGAAAGCCAGUUUGUCAGAGCAGACAGACCGUUUGAUCUGGUAUCAGUUUUGCCAGAGACGGACUUUUGACAACUUGGGAAGGAGGGGCAAGAUACUCCUGGUUACUCUUUCCCCUCCCAUGGAGGAUGCUGACUGCUAGCUGCUUUAUUCCCUCCGGGACUAACUCCCAAAGAAGACAACAGAGCUUUGGAGGAGUCCUGGGUCUCUACCAUGGAGGAGGAGAGUUGAAGCUGCUGUGUUGCUGGUGUGGUACCUGUUUGUGCUUUUCUGGUACAGCUUUGCUGGAUGAGUACCCCGAGGUAGGGAUGAUGUAACAUGCUGCAAUGAUUUUUCAGCACAAGCAGUGGGGCUUGUCCAUCGGUGGUCCAAACCUUAAUGCGCCUGUAUAUUUUCAGACCGCAGUUUGCCUGAAAGGGAAUGGCAGCAAAGUCUUGCUCUUCCUCCCUUGGAGGGGAAGUGAGAGUGGAGCUCCAGGCCUGUUUCAAGCACUGGGACCUGGUUCCAGAGGCAGGUCUUGUUCUGCAGGCUGCUGGGCCUGGAGAGAAGGGCAGGCUGGAGGUGAUCAGGGGUGGCUUUGGGUGGGAGCACUGUGCCUCCCUCCCGCAGCAGAUACAUGGAGAGAAGGAACAUGUGCAGUAGUGCUGGCUGUGUGCUCUGCUCUCUCCUCGGUUCUGGGGGGGGACAGGGGACGGAUGUACACUUCACUACCGGGGCAAGGGCGCUCUCUUGGAUCUGAGUGACAGCUUUUCAUCUUUGCUUCCUGUGGUUUCUCUCUGUAGAGUGACGUGGGAGAGCUCUGCAGUGUGUCUUGCAGAGGAGUCUGCUUAAAACUCUGUGCGGAAGCGCUUAGCAGUGACCUCGCCGUUGUGAGGACUCUUUGGAGAGGCCAGCGUACUCAUCUGCAGCUUUCUGCAUGAGAGGGGAUGAGCUGAGCUCUGUAACACCGCUUUCUAUCUAAGUAUACCAACCACAGACCUCACCGGACUUCACAUUGCUCCAUUAUAACUUUAGCUCGCACCCACUUGGAUGAAAUAAAACUCAAGAACCUCCUGAGGAGGAUCUCCCAGAUCAAACGCAGCAUUCGCAAGAAGAAGGCUCUGAGCACCAUCUACAUCAUCUUGCUCAUCUGUACUUUGUGCUUUCUCCCGUAUCAUCUCACCCACUUGCUCCACUUUUUAAUGAGAAUCCAGGUCAUCCAGAACGAGUCAUUUACCAACUUGAUCUACAAAAUGCGCAGGGUCACCUUAGCCCUCGUGAGUUUCAACUGCUGCCUUAACCCAUUCUUGUAUUACUUCACCUCUUCCAGCAAGCAGUGGUACUUCAACUUCAAGGUCAGAUUCAGGUCUAAAGUGGUGUACACGAUCUGUGACCAGAAAUUUGAGGAGUGCUCCUAUGUUUAUAAACCACAACGGAGACACGGAAAUAAAAACCACAGGGAUUGAAUCAACUGAUCCACUUAAAGUAAGUACAGCAUUCAUCUUUCCAACUGUUUGUUUGAAAACAAACCUGUGAAACCUACCGUGCGUCCACAGAGUCGGUGUUUACAUCAAGGCAACACUGGCGGGAAGUGCCCAACAGCUAUUUGUUUUUGUUAGCCAACUAGGACAGUACUUGCGGCUGCUGGAUUCUCUGACAGUCCUAGAUAGCACACGGUGAAACGUGCUGUGUUUGUGUACACUGAUGUUUUGGUCUCCCUUUGUUUAACUUUGGGGUUGGAAGCAGACUGCAGGACUCUCUUCUGGAAAGCAGUACAGCCCGGGAAAGGGUUACUUGAAAGAAACCGGCCUCCGAAUUGACACUAAUGCUGAAAGCCGAGUGGAUCAGGGCAGUCCUUGGCUUUUCCCUAUUUUGGAGGGAUCCUAUGUGUUCUCCCUGGGGGUACGCUGUAGCCAGCUGGGUUCACAAACUCCUUUCUGCCUACGUUCCACAGCCAAAUAAGGGCUUCGCCUGCCUUGUGAAUCAAUCAGUUGGCUUCCUGAGGAGUAUUGCAGUACAGGGUUUAUAGUGUCGCGUGCCUAUGGAUUCAAGCUGGACAUCUAUUAAUACAAUUCCAGAAGAGAAUAGAUCCAAGUAUUUAUCAGUCUGUUAACCCUGUGCAGGACCAGUGGUAAACAAGCUCCUCUGGCCACAGAGUCAUGGAGGAAAAUUACUGCAGGAGCUGGCACAACUCCUUACACUGCAUGGUCCUGUUCAAAUGUCAAAGCUCUUUUUUUUCAGUCACUGUGUUUACAUCACAAAAUGUUUCUGACCUGUUUCACACCACCUCGUGUAUUAACAGAACCACACAGCUUCUGAGAACAUCUGAGUUUUCCACCCUUUGAAACAUGAGACUUUGGAGAGAAUUUAUCAUUUGUGAUUAUGAGCGUCACCAGAAAAACCACUGGCCUGGCUGACAAACCUGCUUAAAAGCCAACGGUUUACUUAAGAGGAUGUGAUUUUUCGGUGACAGAUACCCAGACACACUGCCUUGUUCCUUCCUGCGCUGCCCCCCAAACUUUAUAGCAUGUAUCCUCUUGGCCUGCAAGAUGGCUGAGCAGAUGAGACCAGAAGGGAAAUUGUUACAGGGCCUGUUUAACAGGAACACAGUACGCCUAAACGCAGCAACGCGCUAAAUUGCUAUUCCCAUUUUCCAGUGUGCCCAAUGCAGGCUGAAAGUCACAAUUUGACCUGGCCCACUGCCGCAGACCUUAAAGGAGGCAGGGUGUAGGGUUGUUGUGGCAGAACUGUGUGGGGAGCUAAAUGUCAUGUGUGUCUCUCUCUCUCUGAUGUAGUAACUUCUCUUUGCACACCAGACACUGCAGCUUUUGCCCACAUUCAGCCAAUUUUCUGAUGGUGGCAGACACCACAGUCUACUCUCUGGUAAAGGACAGGAAGUAAGGUGUUUGGAAAGUAAGUGUGGGUGUAGGGGUAUGUUGGGGGUCUUGGUUUGCGGAUGGAAAAAAAAAAAGGCAUUAUGAGGGUAAGCGAGGGUCUUGAAUGUGGGAAGCUGUACUGAUCAAAGCCAAUCAAUAACCUAGCAAUCAGAGACACAUGCAGGAAGCAAACCAAGAGCAGAGCUGAAAAAUACUGUAAUAGAGCUAAAGCACUGCAAUAGGCAGCUUUCGUGGGUGCAAUAUUACAGGUGUUAGGCUGGGCCCGACUUGCAUUAUUGCUACAGGCAGUUUGAAUCAUGUUGCAUGGACACCUAGUGCUAAUGAUGGGUCAGCCGCUAACCUCUCCCUUUCUGAAUUUUGCUCUUAGCUUGAAGGAAUUUUUUUUUAAAUGUUAGUAAGAAAACCUGUUCAAACUUUUCUAAAAUAUUGCAAAAUAAUGAUUUCUGUGUUCCUCUGACUGGGCUUGGUAAACCAAUUGCAAAUCCUUGCACUUCUAAAAUGGAGCUGAUGAGAGCCUCUGAGGGAAGAGUAGGACAAAUUUAAUCUUUUACCUUUCAUGAGAUACUGCUAUUUUUGUCCUAUUUAUAGACUACACUAAAACUUCCUGGCACUGGAGGGACUGUUCUUUCCAACUAAGCACAAUUUUUAUGUUCUGGACAGAGGAAGGAAGACUUAUUAGAGAUUCCAUCUAUGAGUUACAGGCUUGUCAGCUGUCAUUGAGGGAAGUAUGGAUAAUAAAAAUUGUUAUGCUGCUGGGUAAAUAGCACAUUUAAGCCUUUAUACUCUUGCUUCCAUUAUACUUAUGCUUUGCAUUUUAGUUGUGAAGCUUUGAAAGCUCCUUGUUUCACUUGGCACUGCUGUGCUUUUAAGGGAAAUAAAUGAGCUGUGGGAGGGGAAUACUACUGAAUAUCUUCUACCUUACUGUGAGCAACACAAAGCUUGUUCCUCAGGACUCUUUAAAAACAGGCUGUAAUGACUUCCUGGAGAGGUGGGUUUCCCAGGGGGAAGAUCACAGUACUGCUGAAUUAUCUACACUGUCACUGCGGUAAUUGGACAAACACUGUAAUUCUUUUAUUAAAACAAAACCAGAAAAACACAUUAAGAAUGUAAACAAAAUAAAAUGUAAAUCUCUCUACACCA